UCGCCGCCGUUCGGCACGACCUCCGCGCGCGGUGCAGGCGGGGAGGCGGGGAAGGAGCCGGCGCCCCGCGGCCGCGCGCUUAGCAUGGAGGCGCCCAGCGAUAGCGGCGGCGGCGGCAGCGAACCCAGCGGCGAUGGAGCCGGAGAGGGUGCCCACUCAGACCCCUGUGCCCCCGGUCCCUCAGAGUCCAGCUCUGGUACAGGCUCUGGCCCGUGCGCGGCCGCCCGGGAGUCCGAGCGCCAGCUGCGCCUCCGCCUCUGCGUCCUCAACGAGAUCUUGGGCACUGAGAGGGACUACGUGGGCACCUUGCGCUUCUUGCAGUCGGCAUUCCUGCAGCGCAUCCGGCAGAAUGUGGCGGACUCCGUGGAGAAGGGCCUCACUGAGGAGAAUGUCAAGAUCCUGUUCUCCAACAUUGAGGACAUCUUGGAGGUGCACAAGGAUUUCCUGGCUGCGCUGGAAUUCUGUCUGCAUCCGGAGCCACAGUCUCAGCACGAACUUGGCAACGUUUUCUUAAAAUUCAAGGACAAGUUUUGCGUGUACGAGGAAUACUGCAGCAACCAUGAGAAGGCCCUGCGGCUGCUGGUGGAACUGAACAAGAUACCCACUGUGCGUGCCUUCCUGCUGAGCUGUAUGCUGCUGGGAGGCCGGAAGACCACGGACAUUCCACUGGAAGGCUACCUGCUGUCCCCAAUCCAGAGGAUCUGCAAGUACCCACUGCUCCUCAAGGAGCUGGCCAAGAGGACGCCAGGAAAGCACCCAGACCACCCCGCAGUGCAGAGUGCCUUGCAGGCCAUGAAGACUGUGUGCUCCAACAUCAACGAGACCAAGCGGCAGAUGGAGAAGCUGGAGGCUCUGGAGCAGCUGCAGUCCCACAUCGAGGGCUGGGAGGGCUCCAACCUCACGGACAUCUGCACCCAGCUCCUCCUACAAGGCACACUAUUAAAAAUCUCCGCGGGCAACAUCCAGGAGCGUGCCUUCUUCCUCUUCGACAACCUCCUUGUCUACUGCAAGCGGAAGUCCAGGGUCACCGGGAGCAAGAAGUCCACCAAGAGGACCAAGUCCAUCAAUGGCUCCCUCUACAUCUUCAGGGGUCGGAUCAACACGGAAGUCAUGGAGGUGGAGAACGUGGAGGAUGGAACAGCUGAUUACCACAGCAACGGCUACACCGUCACCAACGGCUGGAAGAUCCAUAACACCGCCAAGAACAAGUGGUUUGUCUGUAUGGCCAAGACAGCAGAGGAGAAGCAGAAGUGGCUAGACGCCAUCAUCCAUGAGCGGGAGCAGCGUGAGAGCCUGAAGCUGGGCAUGGAGCGUGACGCCUAUGUGAUGAUCGCAGAGAAGGGCAAGAAGCUCUACCACCUGAUGAUGAGCAGAAAGGCGAACCUCAUCAAGGACCGUCGCCGAAAGCUGAGCACCGUGCCCAAGUGCUUCCUCGGCAAUGAGUUUGUGGCCUGGCUUCUGGAGAUCGGCGAAAUCAGCAAGACAGAGGAAGGGGUGAACCUAGGCCAGGCCCUGCUGGAGAACGGCAUCAUCCACCAUGUGUCCGACAAGCACCAGUUCAAGAACGAGCAGGUGAUGUACCGCUUCCGCUAUGAUGACGGCACCUACAAGGCACGGAGCGAGCUGGAGGAUAUCAUGUCCAAGGGCGUGAGGCUCUACUGUCGCCUGCACAGCCUCUACACGCCCGUGAUCAAAGACCGUGACUACCACCUGAAGACCUAUAAGUCUGUGCUGCCUGGGAGCAAGCUGGUGGACUGGCUGCUGGCACAGGGAGAUUGUCAGACACGGGAGGAGGCAGUGGCGCUCGGCGUGGGCCUGUGCAACAAUGGCUUCAUGCACCACGUGCUGGAGAAGAGCGAGUUCAAGGACGAGUCCCAGUACUUCCGGUUUCAUGCCGACGAGGAGAUGGAGGGCACCAGCAGCAAGAACAAGCAGCUGCGCAACGACUUCAAGCUGGUGGAGAACAUUCUGGCCAAGCGCCUGCUGAUCCUGCCCCAGGAAGAGGAUUACGGCUUCGAUAUUGAGGAGAAGAACAAAGCUGUGGUGGUGAAGUCUGUCCAGAGGGGCUCGCUGGCUGAGAUGGCUGGCCUGCAGGCAGGGCGCAAGAUCUACUGCAUCAAUGAGGACCUGGUGUGCCUGCGGCCCUUCUCCGAGGUGGAGGCCGUCCUCAACCAGUCCUUCUGCUGCCGCCGCCCACUGCGUCUGCUGGUGGCCACCAAGGCCAAAGAGGUCAUCAAAGUCCCCGACCAGCCCGAGGCCCUGUGCUUCCAGAUCCGGGGGGCGGCCCCGCCUUACAUCUACGCAGUGGGGAGAGGUUCAGAGGCGGCGGCGGCAGGGCUGUGUGCUGGCCAGUGUGUCCUCAAGGUCAACGGCAGCAGCGUGGCAAGCGAGGGUGCCCCCGCUGUCCUGGAACACUUCCAGGCGUUCCGUAGUCGGCGCCAAGAGGCCCUGGGCCUGUACCAGUGGAUCUACCACACCCAUGAGGAUGCCCAGGAGGCCCGAGCCAACUCCGAGGGCCCUGGUGAGGACCCUGGCGGCUUGGGAGCCCUAGAAGACCAGCCUGAACCAGUGUUCCCGCUGCUGUCCCUGGGCCCCCAGCUGAGCCUGCGCGAGGACAGCCCCGUGGUUAGCCUGACGGUGGACAACGUGCACCUGGAGCACGGCGUGGUGUACGAGUACGUGAGCACGGCCGGCAUCAAGUGCCACGUGCUGGAACGCAUCGUGGAGCCACGCGGCUGCUUCAGCCUCACGGCCAAGGUGCUGGAGGCCUUUGCUGCCGAUGACAGCGUCUUCGUGCAGAACUGUGGGCGGCUCAUGGCCCUCAGCAGCGCCAUGGUGACCAUGUCCCACUAUGAGUUUCGCAGUGCGUGUGACACCAAGCUCGAGAGCCUCGGCCGGAGGAUCACCCGCUACCAGGAGUUUGCAGCUCAGCUGAGGAGCAGGGUCAGCCCAGCCUUCAAGCAAGCACCCCUGGAACCCCACCCACUCUGUGGCCUGGACUUCUGUCCCACCAACUGUCACAUUAACCUCAUGCAAGUGUCCUACCCCAAGACCACGCCCUCAGUGGGCAGGUCCUUCAGCAUCCGCUUUGGGCGCAAGCCUUCCCUCAUUGGACUUGAUCCAGAGCAAGGCCACCUGAACCCCAUGUCCUACACCCAGCACUGCAUCACCACCAUGGCCGCCCCGUCCUGGAAGUGCCUGCCUGAUGCAGACACGGACACCCUGGGCCAGGAUCUCAGUGACCCUAGUGGCCAGGAGGACCGGGGCCUGAGCUUCCUGCUCAAGCAGGAGGACCGGGAGCUACAGGACGCCUACCUGCAGCUCUUCACCAAGCUGGACGUGGCCCUGAAGGAGAUGAAACAAUACGUUACACAGAUCAACAGGCUGUUGUCCACCAUCACGGAGCCCACGUCGGGUGGGGCUUGCGACCCACCCUCGGCCGAGGAGGCUUCCUCGUCCCCCCUGGUUGGGGAGGAGAGCGAGAUGGACAGGAGUGAGCAUGGAGGCAUCAAGAAAGUGUGCUUCAAGGUGGCUGGGGACGACCAGGAGGACUCUGGCCAUGACACCAUGAGCUAUCGCGACUCCUACAGCGAGUGUAACAGCAACCGGGACUCGGUCCUGUCCUACACCAGCGUGCGGAGUAACAGCUCGUACCUGGGCAGUGACGAGAUGGGCUCCGGAGACGAGCUGCCCUGUGACAUGCGGAUCCCAUCAGACAAGCAGGACAAGCUGCACGGCUGCCUGGAGCAUCUCUUUAAUCAGGUGGACGCCAUCAACACGUUGCUCAAGGGCCCAGUCAUGAGCAGGGCCUUCGAGGAGACCAGGCACUUCCCCAUGGACCACAGCUUGCAAGAGUUCAAACAGAAAGAAGAGUGUACGAUCCGUGGCCGGAGCCUGAUCCAGAUCAGCAUCCAAGAGGACCCCUGGAACCUCCCCAGCUCCAUCAAGACCCUGGUGGACAACAUCCAGAGAUAUGUGGAAGAUGGUAAGAACCAGCUGCUCCUGGCCUUGCUGAAGUGCACAGACACCGAGCUGCAGCUACGCCGGGACGCUGUCUUCUGCCAGGCCCUGGUGGCCGCCGUGUGCACCUUCUCCGAGCAGCUGCUGGCUGCCCUGAGCUAUCGCUACAACAACAACGGCGAGUACGACGAGAGCAGCCGCGAUGCCAGCUGCAAGUGGCUGGAGCAGGUGGCCGCCACGGGCGUCCUGCUGCACUGCCAGUCCCUGCUGGCACCUGCUGCCGUGAAGGAGGAACGUACCAUGCUGGAGGACAUCUGGGUGGCCCUGUCGGAGCUGGAAAGCGUCACCUUCUCCUUUAAGCAGCUGGAUGAGAACUAUGUGGCCAACACCAACAUCUUCUACCAUGUCGAGGGCAGCCGGCAGGCCCUGAGGGUGGUCUUCCACCUGGACAGCUACCACUUCUCCAAGCUGCCCACCCGCCUGGAGAGUGGGGCCAGCCUGCGCCUGCACACCGUGCUCUUCACCCGAGCUCUGGAGGGCGCAGAGGGGCCGUCGUCUCCAGGGGGCCAGGCCGUGGAAGACUUGCAGCAGGAGAUCAACACACAGUCCCUGGAGAAGGCCCAGCAAUACUACCGCAAGCUCAGGGCUUUUUACCUGGAGCGUUCCAACCUGCCCACGGACGCCAGCAGCACGGCCGUGAAGAUCGACCAGCUGAUCCGCCCCAUCAACGCCCUGGACGAGCUCUGUCGCCUCCUGAAGUCCCUGGUGCACUCCAAGGCUGGCGCCGGUGGCAGUGUGGGUGCCAGCCUCAUCCCCGUCUCCUCAGAGCUCUGCUACCGCCUGGGCGCCUGCCAGAUCACUCUGUGUGCCACGGGCAUGCACAGGAGCACCCUGAACGUGUCCCUGGAGCAGGCAGCUGUGCUGGCGCGCAGCCAUGGCCUGCUGCCCAAGUGUAUCAUGCAGGCCACUGACAUCAUGCGGAAGCAGGGCCCCCGAGUGGAGAUUCUGGCCAAAAACCUGCGAGUCAAGGACCAGAUGCCCCAGGGCGCCCCGCGCCUGUACCGCCUCUGCCAGCCUCCUGUGGACGGAGACCUCUGAGCACCCAGCUGCCCAGGCCUGGCUGUGCCAAGGACAGAGCAGAGCCCGCCAGCGUGUCAGAGCGGCCUGAGACCUUGGCUCCUACCGGCCCUGGGGUCUGUGCUGCAGCUGCCUCCACUCCUCCCAGGACAAGCCGGUGUCCAGCUGUCUUGGGCCCGGGGCCAGCGUCUCCUGCACCCCGUGCCAGAAGCCCAAGCGGUGCCAAGGACCUGUAGUGGUGCAGCCAGAGCCUGGGGUCCUGGACCGGGCCCCGUCCUGGCCCCCUGGCAGCUCCUGCUCCCACUGGACGCCUCUACCUGCACUUUGGACAUCCUUGGUUUGCUCCAAGCCCACAUUCCAGGCGCCCGCGUGGGGCUCUUCCUCCUCGGAGCUGCUCUCGCCCUGCACUAACCCGCCCAGGGAUCCAGGUCGGGGAGGAGCAGGGCGCCCUCCCGGCCAGGGCGUCUCCGACACUGCCACGGGACCCCGAGCUGCCAGCCCCGGUGGGAGAGCAGCUUCAUUUCUGCGACGUGCGUUCUCGGUGACUUGCUUGGGACUUGGUUCUGUUGUGGUUGCUGGUGGCGGCGUGGAGCGUUCCUUCCCCUAAGGCUGUAAGAGUACAUAUUUGAUAUUUUGAACUUCAGAGAAAGGUCUGUUGUCUAACAGGGGACCAACGCAGGGCAGUGUCUAUAGCUCUUGCCAGUUCCGCUAAAGCACACACAGUGAAACCAUUGCCAGAUUGGAAAAUGUAUUUCCUUUUAUAGUAUUGAUGUUCAGGUAUCACCCCCACGGCCCUCCACCCUGAGUCCGUGUUGGGACUUUGCUGGGCCAGGGCUGGGGGCUGGGGCGGUGCUGAGCCACCUGCCCGGGAGAGGGACCUGGGAAGCGGCAGGUGGUAGCUCCUGUAAUUUAUUGUCUUGAAGUUGCAUCUCAGAGCUCAGCCCGCCCCUUGGGGGCGUGGCCUGGCUUCCCUUCGCCUUCAGGGAGGGAUUGCAGCCGAGGGGUCAGGUUGGGACGGCGGGGAGGGGACUCCUCACCAUCCUGGCCACGGCCCGUGGGCAUCCUGCCCCCUCGGCUGGCAGUGCCACUGGCCAUGCCUGGCCUCUGUGCGCAUGACUGCAAGGGCGGCCCUUGGGUUGGGUGGGGUCAUGGACACAGACCCAGGGAGGCGCCUUAGCCCUGUGGGGUGCGCCGGGCAGGGCCCCUGAAGGUCAGGGUGCCGUGCACUGGCUGACUUGGAAGUCUACAGAUUCUUGCUAAAUUCUUGAUAGAUGUUUUUUUUUUUUACUAUUAUUAAAAGUUGGUUUAUAAUA